UGUCGCAAAAACAUUAAGAUCGCAUGUAUACAUGCAUAUUUGCAAAAUCUGUGGUCCCAUUCCAUUUUAAAUCACCAUCAAUCGAAAUAGUUUAUGAGAGUAGAUAUAUAUAUCUUCUUCUUAUAUGUUAACAACCCUUCAAAGUUGUAAAUUAUUAUAUUUUACUCUGUUUAUCAAAGAGAGAGGUCUAACACAAGUUUUCAUCUCCGGGAAUUGAUGGAUGGAUCAAUUAAUAUUCCGACAGAGAAAUCUGCCGGAGCUGAUAAAAGGGAGCUUCAAGGGCUGCUUAAGGAAGCGGUUCAAUCUGUGGAGUGGACUUAUAGUCUGUUCUGGCAAUUUUGUCCGCAACAACGGGUAUUGGUGUGGGGGAAUGGAUACUAUAACGGUGCAAUAAAGACGAGAAAGACAACUCAACCAGCGGAGGUGACGGCAGAAGAGGCUGCACUAGAGAGGAGCCAACAGCUGAGGGAGCUUUACGAGACGCUUUUAGCGGGAGAGUCAACAUCGGAAGCGAGAGCAUGCACCGCAUUAUCGCCAGAGGAUUUGACGGAGACUGAAUGGUUUUAUCUAAUGUGUGUCUCUUUCUCUUUCUCUCCUCCUUCAGGGAUGCCAGGAAAAGCGUAUGCGAGGAGGAAGCAUGUAUGGCUAAGUGGUGCAAAUGAGGUUGACAGUAAAACUUUUUGUAGGGCUAUUCUCGCUAAGAGUGCCAAAAUUCAGACAGUGGUUUGUAUUCCCAUGCUUAAUGGUGUUGUGGAACUUGGCACAACGAAGAAGGUAAAAGAAGAUGUAGAGUUUGUUGAGCUAAUAAAGAGUUUCUUCAUUGGCUACUCUAAUUCGAUCCCAAAGCCUGCUCUUUCUGAACACUCCACCUACGAAGUGCAUGAAGAAGUUGAAGAAGAAGAAGAGGAAGAAGAAGAAGAAGAAGAAGAGAUGACAAUGUCAGGGGAGAUGAGGCUUGGCUCUCCUGAUGAUGACGACGUCUCCAAUCAAAAUCUACGCUCUGAUCUUCAUAUAGAAUCAACCCACACGUUAGAUACACACAUGGACAUGAUGAACUUAAUGGAGGAAGGUGGAAUUUACUCUCAGACAGUAACAACACUUCUCAUGUCGCAUCCCACGAGUCUUCUUUCAGAUUCAGUUUCCACAUCUUCUUACGUCCAAUCAUCUUUUUCCACGUGGAGGGCUGAGAAUGUCAAAGACCAUCAGCGAGUGGAGUCGCAAUGGAUGCUCAAACACAUGAUCUUGAGAGUUCCUUUCCUCCAUGACAACACUAAAGAUAAGAGUCUUCCUCGGGAAGACCUGAACCACGUAGUGGCAGAGCGACGAAGGAGAGAGAAGUUGAACGAGAAAUUUACAACGUUGAGAUCAAUGGUUCCAUUUAUGACCAAGAUGGAUAAAGUAUCAAUCCUUGGAGACACUAUCGAGUACGUAAAUCAUCUUAGAAAGAGAGUACACGAGCUUGAGACUACUCAUCACGAUAAACAACAUAAGCGCACACGUACUUGUAAGAGAAAAACAUCGGAGGAGGUGGAGGUUUCCAUCAUAGAGAGCGACGUUUUGUUAGAGAUGAGAUGUGAGUACCGAGAUGGUUUGUUGCUUGACAUUCUUCAGGUUCUUCAUGAUCUUGGUAUAGAGACUACCUCGGUUCAUACCGCGGUGAACGACGGUGAUUUCGAGGCGGAGAUAAGGGCAAAAGUAAGAGGGAAGAAAGCAAGCAUCGUUGAGGUCAAAAGAGCCAUCCACCAAGUCAUUAUACAUAAUUAAUACUAGUCUAUAGAUCCUAACUUUUCGUUGAUGUCAACUCUAGAUAAGGAUAACUAAACGUAUUUUUGUUUUAGCCUCACGUAUCUUGCAAUAUGAUCAGUUACUUACAUA